ACUUUUUCUUUCAUCAAUCGAGUCAUCGCUACGAUUGAACCGUGUAAAUCAACAUUAACUAAUAGGUCAUCGUUAAGCAAGUCAAUUCUCAGAGAUCCAAUUGGUUUUGACGUCUCAAAUGCCGAGGAUGUAGGCUUAGAUAUGGACGACCUACUGCUACCAGAGAAGAAUCUGGCAGACUCUCUUAUUAACACAUACUGGCGAUAUUCGCAUCCGGUCUUCCCUGUGCUACAUCGGCCAAGUUUUAUGAACAAGUACGAGACUCUUUGGAAGUCUACGGAAUCCUUUUCAAGAUACACAGGCAAUGAUAUUCUCCUACUCGCCACGAUAAAUAUUGUCCUAGCUAUUGGCUGCCAGCGGUCCGAACACUGUCCUGCCAAUUGGAGAAAGAGGGAUGCCGAGUCGUUAUACAGACGAUCAGUCCAUCUGGUUUCCGCUGAAACACUGGAUUCAUACUCAUUUGAGGUGUUGCAACUGUUUCUACUGAGAGUCAUCUAUCUCCAAUAUACGUCUUUUGCCUCGCGAUGUUGGAGCACACUCGGUAUUGCCCAAAGAGUUGCUUUUGGGCUUGGGCUCGAUAAAGAGGCUCCCGAAUCAAUGGGCCAAUUAGAGCGGGAAAUGAGACGCAGAGUGUGGCAUGUUUCAGCAAUAAUGGAUAGCAUCAUAUACAUUUGGGUGGCAAAUGAAUAUCACCGUACCGAAUCUGGUGUCUACACCUCAGCCAAUCGACGAUGAGUACUUGCAGGAAGAAGGAGAAGGUUCUCAGCCAGCGGACAAACCUUCUCGGCUCGACUUUUUCCGAUACUAUCGCCAGAUGUGCGAUGUUCCUCGCGACAUUGCGGGGAACAUACAUCUUCUCGGUCAGAAUUUAGGAGGACAACGCUCAAAUUCUCUUUUGACACAGUAUAUCAGCGAAAUUCCCAAAUACUGUCUACACCU